AUGCUGUGGUUGCAACUGGUGUUGCUCACGGUUCUUGUCCUAGGUGGUGACAGUGAUGAUGACUUCCAGGAGCCAAUCUCUUUACGAACCAUCUUGACGACAUCCUUUUACAACCGUUUCUGGACACAAAAUCAGGGCUCAGUUUGGCUGGACGAGCUGCAGACUCAUGGCUGGGACAGCAAGACUGGUGUUUUCAUUUACCUGUGGCCUUGGUCCAAGGGCAACUUCAGCAACGAGGAGCUGGUGGAACAAGAAAAGUCAUUUGAUACAUUCUCCAUCAGAUUUCCUCUGAUAUUUCAGGACCAUGUCAGUCAAUGGCAGCUCGAAUAUCCCUUUCAGGUACAGGUGGCAAAAGGCUGUGAAGUGCACAAUGGGAAACCAUCAGUAGGCUUCAUGGAGAUUGCAUACCAAGGAUUAGAUCUUGUUAAGUUCCAGAACACGUCAUGGUGGCCAUCUCCAAAGGGAGGAAGGAGGGCUGCUCAGCAGGUCUGCGAACUAUUCAGUCAGUACCAUGUAGUCAACUUAAGGAUACAAGCACAUAUUAAUGACCUCUGCCCCCGUUUCCUCUUGGGUCUUCUUGAUGCAGGGAAGGCAGACCUGCAGCGACAAGUGAGGCCAGAGGCCUGGCUGUCCAGCGGCCCCAGUCCCGGCCCUGGCCGUCUGCUGCUGGUGUGUCACGUCUCCAGCUUCUACCCAAAGCCAGUGCGGGUGAUGUGGAUGCGGGGUGAGCAGGAGCAGCCGGGCACCCAGCAAGGUGACAUCCUGCCCCAGGCCGACGGGACCUGGUAUCUUCAGGUCUCCUUGGAUGUGGAAGCCAAGGAAGUGGCCGGCCUGUCUUGCCGAGUGAGACACAGCAGUCUAGGAGGCCAGGACGUGUUCCUCCACUGGGAGCAGCACCGCCCGAUGCGCUUGGUCUUCCUGGCGGUGCUGGUGCCUCCGGUGCUUCUGGCUGGUCUUGCGUUCUGGCUCUGGAAGCGCUGGAAAUAA